AUGCAGUUGUCCAGCUACGAAAAUCUUACCCAAGACAAUAUUAUCUUUAAAGAAGCCAAAGAAUUUAAAGUCAAAGAUAGUAAGAUUAAAUACAAGCGUAUCCCAAUUGAAAUUAAAUAUUCGAAUGGAAAGAAAGGACCGCUUGUAAUCGAAACCCCAUUUCUUUUUAGUUUUGGUGUUAGUGAAAAGAAAAAUCAAGAAACAAAAAAGUUAGUAGGUUAUAGUAUUCCAGUAUGUCUUUGGGCUAAAGAUAGCGAACCAAAUAACAAAGAAAAAGCAUUUUUGGAAGUUAUUAAUAACAUAACAACUCUAUCUCAACAACAUUUAGAGAAUGAAUAUGGCCCAGAUUUAGCUUCGACUCUUACUUCACCAUUAUAUCACAAACAGGAAGAAUAUACGGAUAAGAAAGGAAAGAAGAAAACAAGAAUAGAUCCCUCAUCUGCACCAGUUUUUUAUGCAAAACUUAUUUACUCAGAAAAAUCAAAGAAAAUGUUAUCUUUGUUUAAGGGAAAGAGAGGUAAAGAUUUAAAUCCUUUUAAAUAUAUCGAACAGUACUGUAAUGUUAAAUUGGCUCUGAUAAUUGAAGGAAUCUUCAUAAGUAAAACUGUGACAUCUUUACAAAUAAAAGUACAUGAGUGUUAUGUCAAACCACUCAAACCUAGAGAGUCUUUACUAACAAUUGAAGAGGAAGAUGAAGAGCAAAGCGAUAUUGAAGAGAUAACUGAUCAAGUAGACGAAGACUUAGUUAUCUCUGAUGAAGAAAACGAGUAA